GCUGUUGCAAGUUGGAAUUCCUGUGCACUGAUAUUUUCUACCAAGGGAGUAGAAUUCAUUCAUUAUGGUUUUAGACUUGUCGCUCCUGAUGUUUGAUCACACAAGGCCACUGAUGUUUGAGUUGGAGGAGCCGUGAGCAAAUUUCAUAUCUCGUUUGAAUAGAGAGUUUCAGACUUAGAGCCGGUGCACUGUCCUCUAGUUUCAGAAUCUGUGUGGCGUCUCGGAAUGAUUGCAGCUACUUGUUUGACUGACCGUCUUCUACAAAUACCCGGCUCGCAAGCCUCACAAUUAUCCCCUCCCCCUCUCCCUGCUCUCGCUUCUCGUCCCCUCGAUUCCAAACUCUGGCUUUUGUUUACGCCGGCCGGAGAAUGAGGUUCGACCUGGGAAUCCCCGUCCCGUGGAGUGACGAGGACAAGGAGAAUGAGCAGGUGCACCUGAUGUCGUUACCUCAUCCGCCGCCGCAGCAGAGGCUCAUCGUCGGGUACGCUCUGACAUCCAAAAAAGUGAAGAGCUUCUUCCAGCCAAAGCUCGAAAGAUUGGCUAGGAAGAAAGGGAUUAUAUUUGUGGCCAUUGAUCAGAGCCGGUCUCUUCUGGAUCAAGGUCCUUUUGACAUUGUUCUUCACAAGUUAACUGGAAAAGAGUGGCAACAUGUUCUGGAGGAUUAUAGGGAAGAGAAUCCAGGAGUUACUGUUCUUGAUCCCCCAAUUUCCAUACAACACCUUCAUAAUCGACAAUCAAUGCUUCAGGUCGUAGUCGAUUUAAACUUGUCGGACAGCUAUGGUAAAGUUGGCGUUCCAAAGCAAUUAGUUAUUAGCAAAGAACCAUCAUCAAUCCCUGAAGCUGUUAGAAAAGCUAGGCUUGGUCUGCCAUUAGUUGUUAAACCAUUACUGGUGGAUGGCAGUGCUAAGUCUCAUGAGUUAUCACUUGCCUAUGAUGAGUUUUCAUUGUCAAUGCUUGAUCCACCCUUGGUUCUUCAAGAAUUCAUUAAUCAUGGUGGUAUUCUCUUCAAGGUCUAUAUUGUUGGAGAGGCAGUAAAAGUUGUUCGUCGAUUUUCCCUUCCCGAUGUCGAUAAGCGGGAACAGUUAAGCAAUAAAGGCGCUUUUCGGUUUCCUAGAGUUUCAUGUGCAGCAGCAUCUGCAGAUGAUGCCGAUUUGGACCCUAGUAUUGCAGAACUCCCUCCAAGGCCAUUGCUUGAGAAACUUGCCAAGGAGCUCCGUAAUCGACUGGGCCUUCGAUUGUUCAACAUAGACAUAAUCAGAGAGCGCGGAACAAGGGACAGGUUUUAUGUUAUAGAUAUCAACUACUUUCCUGGUUACAGUAAAAUGCCAGAAUAUGAGCACAUAUUUACCGAUUUUCUUCUCGGCAUUGGACAGAGCAAGUAUAGAAGGCGACUUAGUAGCAGUCGAACGUCUCGACCAAAUCCCAAAACUGACGAAAUUGCGUCCAGCUUCUAAAUGCAAAUGGCUCGAGAAUACAUUUCAAGUCAUAAAUCUAAAUCUUUACGUUUGUCAUGGUUUUAUUUAUUUUUUAUUUAUUUAUUGGCGUUUCUUUGUUUAUUUUUCUAAAUAAUGGCGUGGGCGUUGAUAUUUUCGGUAAGAAAAUUGUAGUUUGCAAACCUAGAGUAAUGGCUUUGUCAAAUGGAAUUAACUCAUUCAA